CCCAGAACAGUGAUGCAAGGGAGGCGUUUCCAUGCUUCCCUUCUCCCAUGUCUGCAUAAAUUCGGGGAUGUGAGUCCACUCCAGGCAUUGGAAGGGAACACAGCUGUAGGUGUCAUUUCUCACCAAGAAGAGUUUCCCACCAACUGAGAAGCCAAAAUGAAAAUCCUCUUGAGCCUGAUUGCCUUGUCUUUCACACUUGCCUUGUGUCAGGGAUACUGCCACGGUGUAGUACAGUAUGAAGAUGAUCAACCGGUGCUGUUCACCGAGUGCACUGAUCCCUAUGAUGGGAGCAAGCAUCCAUUGGGCUCCAAGUGGAAUACAGCGGAGUGCAUGGAAUGCACAUGUGAUGAAAGAAAGAUGGAGUGCUGUGUCAGGUGGUACUGUCGGUUCCGGGAAUUAAAGCAGUGGUAAAUCCAAACACAUGUAAAUAUGAGUUGUAUAAACUGGACGAUCCCUCCAAACCCUGUUUCUGAGCUUUACAAAUCCCACCCAAAUUCCUUUCAUGUAAGAGAAUCUAAAUAAAUCAGUCAUAUGUGCAUUUCUGUGUGUAUCUGUUGUCUUUGCUUGAUAUCACUACUUGCUGAAUUUGGUACGUAUCAUAAU